GAGAUGGGAGGAAACGGAAGAAUUGGCGUAGCUGUUGAUUUCUCGGAGUGCAGCAAGAAAGCACUGAGAUGGGCGUUAGAGAACAGUGUCUGCGAAGGAGAUCACGUCAUCCUUAUACACAUCCGGCCUGAAGGAGACUACGAGCAGGGCGAGAUGCAGCUCUGGGAGGCCACCGGUUCCCCCUUGAUCCCUCUUCACGAGUUCUCGGACGCUGUCAUCAUGAAGAAAUAUGGGGUGAUGCCUGAUCAGGACACUUUGAAUGCAGUCCAGUCUGCAGCCAAGCAGAAAAAGGUUACGGUUGUUAUGAAGAUCUACUGGGGAGACCCUCGCGAGAGGCUAUGCGAAGCAAUUGAUACCGUCCCCCUCACUCACCUUGUCAUCGGAAACAGAGGUCUUGGCAAGCUCAAGAGGGUUCUUUUGGGCAGUGUUAGCAACCACGUGGUGAACAAUGGUUCUUGUCCGGUUACUGUUGUGAAGCAUGUUGAACACCACGGCUAGUCUCUCCGAUCGAUCUCUGCAGAGUCUGUGUUGUUGUUGGAAGAACUUGAUUUGCUUUCUGUUAGAAGUUGGAUUUUGGGAUUGAUCAUUGAUGUGUUUUAAUCUUCUUCUUCUUCUUCUUCUUCUUCUUUUUU